CACUCUCCCAGCCAGCAGCAGCACUUCUGUAGAGUCGAGCGUCGAGCUGCACGAUCUGCACCUCUGCAGCAGCAGUUAUGCACACUUCCUGUCGUUUAGGAGUCGCGUUAAACACGGCUGAACCUGCCGGAGGCUCCGAGCUGCCUCCACACCGGCUGUUGUUGUCGUUGCUGUUGUCAGUGGUGAACACGGAGCUGGAGGCUGGCUGCUGCGGUCCUCUCGCUUGUUUAAAAUGAAACGACAUGGCUGUGGCUCUGACUCAUGCAGCAUACGCGGUUCGACGUGCGACCCUUGGAAACCAUAAGCAGUUGUGAGAGCGAGGAGCAGAUCAUCUGAAUGAAAGUCGCAAGUGGGGUGGGGUGGCCAUGGACCCAUUCAGCCAGCUUAUCCUCACCAUCUCGGUGACCAGCUUCCUCACCUUCCAGUGGCUCUUCCACAGAGUCAGCCCCUGGAUGUCCAUGCGCAUCAGCCCCGACUUCAUGGGCCUCAGUGACAAGCAGAAGGUGGAGUGGAACUCAAGGACUGUGUCAACGUUCCACGCACUGUUGGUGGGAAUCUUCUGUCUCUACAUCUUGUUCUUUGAUGAUGCCGUCAAUGAAGAUCCAGUCUGGGGAGACCCUACACUGGUGAAGAUUAAUGUUGCAAUCACAACAGGCUACCUCAUAUCAGAUCUGCUGCUUAUAUUUUACUAUUGGAAGGCGAUAGGGGACAAGUUUUUUGUAGUUCACCAUCUGGCAGCAUUGUAUGCUUACUACUAUGUACUGGGCCAAGGAAUGUUGCCUUAUUUUGCUAACUUCCGUCUGCUCGCUGAGUUUUCCACACCAUGUGUGAACCAGCGUUGGUUCUUUGAGGUACUAGGAUAUCCCAAGUCAUCCCGCCCCAACAUGGCAAAUGGUGUCGCCAUGGCAGUUGUGUUUUUCAUGGUCCGUAUCGCUGUCAUGCCGGUCUACUACAGUCGUAUGUUUGCAGUUUACGGCACCGAGGCCUUCUACCUGGUGCCCUGGGGGGGCCGCGUCGCCUGGAUCUGCUCCAGUAUCUGUUUGGACAUCAUGAACAUCAUGUGGAUGCAUAAGAUUGCGCGCGGCUGCUAUAAGGUGCUGCGAUCCGCGCGCCACCGCAAAGCUCCAGCGCCUCAGGAGAACGGAAAGACGGACUAACAGAACCAGGAUGCCGGUGGUGUGAAAAAACUGCAACAAAAGAGACGAUUCUCUCAGUGCACUGCCAGUAGCAGUUUGGACACUCAGGUUGCUACCAUGGCAGCAGAGCAGGACUUGACCCUGCAGGACUGAAUGUAAUGAGGAAAUGUUUCUUUUUUUUUUCGGCAGAAAUGUCUUCUAGAUGUACUAAUGGGCCAAUGAAGUGGUCGCACCUAAGCCAUGAUAAGACAUUCUAGCAAUACUUUAUGUGCAUGGCCAAUUCAUUUCUCAUGAACAAUUCACAAACACAGAACAGAUCCUCCCUGAACAAAAGGACUGUUAGCCUGACAACAAAUUGUCCACAAGUUUACGCUGUUUUUAUGCUUAUUGAUCAACAGGAGAUUUUGUUUUGCUUUAAUACUGCUGAUCAAGCAACAGAGAGAAAAUGGUGAAAUGUGAGUUUCAAGGUUGUUCCGAUGCUCAACAAUAACGGUCAGUGACACGAGUUUGUUCCCGCUGAAUAAGAUAAGACGCGAAGCGAACGAGCUGGAUUCACAGAGGGGGGGGUAGGUAUGCGUUUCAUCGGCCUCAUCUCGGUUACCUUUGCAUGGGUAGAAAAACAAGAGGCUCGGUUGAACCGACAUUAGUACUCUGUUGGUAGUUGAUUCGUUUUGUCUUGCUGGUGUCAGGGCAAAUUAGUUUCAUGAAAUUGAUUAUGUUAACUACUGUGUGAAAAGGAAAAAGGAUUUGUAAAGCACUUUUGGUAACACUAAAAGGAUACUUACAGUAAGCGGUUCUGUUGGCACAGACGUCAUUUCAAGGUUAGAAAUUGAAAAUACUGUGGCCACUGAUGCAUGAAAACCACCUGAUAUUACUUCAAAUGAGAGGGGAAGCAUUGCAAUGCCUAAAUAAUUGACACUUUUUUGUAUUGUGUUCUUCACAGAAAAUUACAUAUGUAGUGGAGAAACUGAUCCAGUGGGACCAGGUUUGGAAUCAUUUCAGAUGAUUAGAAGAAUCAAGAUGUUAUGAUAAAGAGUGUUUAAUUUGAGAAAAAUAUAUAGAUUUGUUUAGAGUUCUGGCAUCCUUCUACUCUGUCUGCCCUGUUUUGAUAAUAUUAAGAGAAUUUAGACUUUUUGUAUCAUUUUUUAAACACAAACUGUUGAUUUCACCCUACAGCCACAUUUCUCAACCAACACGACGGAAUUUAAGAUUAAGAAACCAAAUUCAGCAAAUGAUCUUCAAGGCACCUUUAAUUUGUACUUAGCAGGGAAACAUAAAAUGUUCCUUUCUUUGGAGUUCUUUUUAACUGAUCCAAGAUUGUUUGCUUUUUAACGCACAAGAAAAAAUGGAAAGGUCAGGAGGUUUUCAGGUAAAAUGUCAUUUUUUUUGGUAAUUCUGCUAUAAAAGCAGCUCCAUGCUAAGAGAAGAAUGGGAGCACUUCUGAGCAUAAAGUGUUAUAGGUUCAAAUAAAGGGUUCAGCCCACUCAUGAUGUUCUGUAUGUACUUCAAUUCCCAUGAGCUCUAGAGGAAAAAGCUCCCAUCAGAUUUUGAGUUCAGCAGAAAUAAGGAUUGUAAAAAUUUUUUAACUAUGGCUUGCUGUCUUCAGUGUUUGAUUUUGUUGUUUUUUUUGUUGCCAUUUUAGAACAACGUGUGAUUGCACAGUGGAUAUUGUGUGACACUCGACACAAACACACAAACGUGUUUCUCAGUGAUUAAAACUGCGUUCUUCCCAAGUCUGAUGCCCGUCUAAUGUGAUCACUUUGCCUUUGUUGUGUUGUACUUUUUCAACAAAAGUUAUGAGUGGCGGGGCUUCUGUUCGGUCGAGUUUUCCCUCCUUUCUUACUAUAAUUUUUUGUACAUGUGUGAAGUUCAUUUGUUUUCCUGACAUUCUCUCUCUCUGCAUGAUGUGACCUUUCACAGUAUGUAAAGCAUUUGAUUUUGUUCUUGAUUUUUAUUUACUUUGGUGUUUUUCAGCAGUGUGAAACCCUUAAACCGUUUAUUUCUGGCAAAGCACUCAGACAGAUUUGGCAGAGCUGAAUGUGCCAGAUGUCAUCUUCAGGUCAAUAGUCAUAAAAAGGAAGAAUUUCUCACUGGGAUUCAGGGGAAACAGCAUCAGGCUCUUUCUGAAUGGAAACGGUGAAGCUCAUGUAUGGUCAACAUGGCCGUCUUCAUGCACCUUCUGUAAACUGCAUGUGGUUUUGCAUGGGGACUGCAUUGUAAACAAAUUAGCAUAUACAUUUGUGAAGACCAGCUUUGUUCUUUUUUUUCUUACUACAUGUAGAUAAUGUUUACUUAAACUUUAUUCUUGUACUGUGCCACAAAAUGUAGUCCACAGAAAACGAUGAUAAUGAUGUGAUGCUAACAUGAACAAGCAGAUAUUUAGACCAGUAUCCAGCACAGAAUAUACAGUAAGGGAAUACUUGAAAAUAAUCAGCACAGUUUAAAACAAUCUGGGCAGUGCAAAUAAACAUGAGUCUUACAAGCGUCUCACAUAAUGUGUUGCAUUGUUUUUGAGUUAUUAUUCUAAUGGGAGUUGACCUAAGAAAAAGGCCGUGCAUUUAAAACGGGGAAGCUGUUGCUUCUAGCAACUUUGAAUUGUAGGAGUUUCUGUUUUUAAUGCCUUUUAAGAAAAGUAUCGGAGUAGUUGGAGUGUUUUAUGACAUUCUAUGAAUGUACUGGAGAUAGACAUUUGUCAAUCACAUUUUCAUUUAUUCUUGAAAAUAAAAACCAAAUUAACUCA